CAUCAGCUCAUGUUUGGAUGUAACUUAGCGUAGCCAUCACCUCAACAAUGGAUAAGACAUGGGUGUUAUGUUCAUCCGUCUUUCUUAUUUAUGUCAUACAGAUACAACACGUUUUUGCUGCAGACUGCAAUAUUACGUCCAUCGCGUCUCCGUCAGGAUCAACACUGAACGUGACGUGGAUGAACUACACCCAAGCCUCAGUUUAUUUACUGGACCUGAGAGAUGGGAACGCCACUAACGUCGCCCCGGUGGUGGCUGUGCAGAGUGCUCCCAACACUCAGGCGCUGGUUCAGGGCUUAAAACCCGGCCACAUAUACACAGUCACGCUGAACGUUUUCCACUUUUAUACUGUUGUGUGCAGCUAUGUUCAAACAGCCUUAACAGUGCCUGACGUGACUCAGAUCACCCUUCUCAAAGCUAUUUCGAGCACAUCUAUUAGGGCGGAAUGGGCCAGUGUGCCGGGCGCAUUCACCUACAUCCUGUUUGUGGAGGAGGUGACGUCUCCUCCAAGAACAGGUCUGAUUGUGAACCAGACCUUGACGAACACCAGCACACAAGUGGGCGGCCUGUCACCUGCCACUCUUUACAGCUGCUAUGUUUACACCGCCAACAGCGCGGGACUCAGUGCCAAAAGUACUUUAAAGGCAAUCAUGACAUUGGUGCAGCCACCAGUUAAUGUGACUCUUGUAUCGACGGGGAGGAGCACGGCCCGAGUAACAUGGAGCGCUGUAAGCAAAGUCCUGAUUUAUCAAGUGAGCGUCAGUGCCCCUUACAAUCCCAACAUCCCCAUCAUCAUCAAAAACUCCUCAGUCCUGUUGAUAGACAUCACGGGUCUGGCUCCUUGCACCAACUACACAGUUGGUGUUGCAUCAUUAAACACCUUCUUGGUGCCUGGUAAUCCAACUAAUGCUACUAUCAAUACACCUGGUGAGUAA